AUGGUAAUGAUCGGAGUAGAAAAUUGGGGAAAGACUUGGAAUUCUAGUAAUCGGGUUGACAUGAAGAGAGCCAGCGAAGUAAAGAAUGAUGGGAAUUCAGGUUCUGAGUGCGGGGAAAGGCUGAGGGUGAAGAAAAUUAGGGUUUCUGCUACGGAUGUUGAAAAAAAUAGAGCUUUACAAGAAGAAGAAGUUGGUGUGGAUAUUGAGUAUAGAGAUAAUGAUGGAAGUCGGGACCAGGUAAUGGGUGUCAAAGGAAUGGAAGAAAUUAGGGAGGGAAGUAGAGUCGUUGAUUUGAUUCAUGAGAAGGAAAGUGAUUCAGAAGAGGUGGUAGGAGGAAUUGAGAAUCGAACAAUGGGUGUACAAGAAUUGGGUUAUGUAGUAGAGCAACAUAUGAUUUCGAGUGGAAGUGAGGCGUGUCAUACUAAAGACACAGACAGAGAAGUUGGAGCGAAAGAAAACAUGGUAAGUGGCUUAGAAGAGGAGGGCAUUAAAGGUGAAAUCAAAGAAACUGAGGGAAGGGAUUUGAAUUUUGAAAAAUUAGGGAUUCCAUCUGAGGAGGGUGUACUUUUGAAUGGUGGUGAAGGAUGUGGAAAUAGAGACACAGAGGACAAAGGAAAUAAGAAAAGUGAUCAUGUGAGAGAAAUGGUGGAAGUGAUCGAGAUUUCCGAUGAUGCAGAAAAGGAGGAAAUUUUGGAUUUAGAUCUUAAUGUGCCAGUUGUGGAGGCAGGGGAUUUUGGAAAUGGAAUGGGUUGUCAAGAAUGUAAGCAACUAGGACCCAUGACUUCUGAGAGGAGAGUUGAAAUUAUUGAAAUUACAUCUGAUGAGAGUGAGGAUGAAGGUGAUAGGUCAUCUAAUGUGGGAGAUGCCAGAGCAAAGGGAAAAGAAGUUGUGAUAGAACUUGCUUAUGAAAGUACCGGAGGUUCUGAUCUUGAUUUGAGAUUAAUGGAGAAUGGCCCAGUUGCUGAUGGAAGUAGUUCACUUGGUUGUGGGAGGAGAUACACUAGAGAAGAGAAAGGGAAGGCGAAACUCGCUGAUUCUUGGUUAUCACUUGCAAGUGAUCCAAUGCAAUUGGAUUUGGAACCUGAGAGUAAAGAGGUGAUUGAGUUAGAUAUUGCCACUUGCCUUGUGCAGUUAAGACAGACCAGCCUGCCGGCAGAAACUAUGCAGCUUCUUGAAAGUGAAAAUCUUGAAUUCAGGAUAGAGAAGGCAGUAAUGAGUUUGACGGUGGCACCAAUAUUAAGACAAGAGGCAGAUAGAGUUAGACACCACGUGCCACCAUUGAGAAAAGAGGCAGAUAGAGUUAGACACCGUGAAAUCUUGAGCUAUGCUCCUGGACUUGCACGAUUUAAUCCGGAGGGGAAGGAUUCCCAUGAAGAAUCUAAGCAAGAAAGGGAAGGGCCCCCCCUAGAGGCUGACAUUGAAUCAGAGAACUUGCACAGCCCCUUUGCUACUAUGCUGAAGAUGCUUAGAGAGCAAAAUUUGAGGCGACGUGGUCAACAAUUGAUUCAAUGGAAGCCCUCAGAAAAUCACGGAUUUAACACUUCCAACCCCCAUGUGCCUUCACUUCUGGAUCUUUCCUUGAAAGUGCUUGCAAAAAAUGCUGAGUGUAUUGUUUCACUUGAACCUGUUCCAGAUGCACUGAAGCGAAGACUUUCCGACUUGCUCUGUGAUAAUCGGGGAAUGACUGGUCACGUUUUGGACCUCCUUGUGAGAAGAGCUCCAACUGAGAUACGUGUAAAGGACUGCUCCUGGCUAACAGAAGAACAGUUCAUCAAUAUAUUCAGGAGUGUUGAAGUGAAAAAUUUGAGG